CCGAUGCCACCACCUACCAGCGAAGCUCCCAAGAAGGAGUUUGUGCAUCCCAAAGCCAAACAUGCCAAGAAGCAGGCAAUUCGAGAUGCCUACGCGAUCGAGCCCAUCUCGGCCUUCUACAUCUUCCUCGGAGCCAACCUGAUUGCCGCUCUCUUCGCCCCCAUCCAGGACUGUGACGAGACGUUCAAUUACUGGGAACCAACACACUAUCUGAGCCACGGCUAUGGCCUCCAAACCUGGGAAUACUCGCCCGACUAUGCCAUCCGAAACUGGCUUUACGUCGCCCUCCAUGCCAUUGUGGGCAAUAUCCGCAGGCUGCUCCCUCACUCCAACAAGGUCGCCGAGUUCUACUUUGUCCGCUGUGUUCUGGCUGUCAUCUGCGCCCUCAGCCAAACGCUCAUGUGGAGGGCUAUCUGCUUGGCCCUGAACCCGAGGAUCGGCCUGUUCUUUAUCGUGGCGCUCGUAUUCAGCCCCGGUAAUUUCCACUCCAGCACCGCCUACCUGCCCUCCAGCUUCGCCAUGUACAUGGCCAUGCUGGGAGCCGCCGCUUUCAUCAACUGGCGUGGGGGUCUCAAGACUUCCAUGGCCAUGUUCUACUUUGCCAUUGGUGGUGUGCUUGGGUGGCCUUUUGCCGCCGCCCUUUGCGCCCCUUUCUUGUUGGAGGAAGUCUUCUUUGCCCUGGUCGGCGAUAAGGAUCGCUUCUUUGAAGCCGCUCAUCGUGUGGUCCGCGGUGUCGUUGCGGCUGGUCUGCUUGUGUUCGGGGACAUGCUGGUCAACACCUUCUUUUACAGGAAGGUUGAGAUUGCCUCCUGGAACAUUGUCAAGUACAACAUCUUCUCCAAGACCGGUGGGCCUGAGCUUUAUGGCACUGAGCCGUGGGACUUCUACUUCAAGAACCUCACAUUGAACUUCAAUAUCUGGUUUGUCUUGGCACUGUUCUCCCUCCCAAUCUUGUUGCUGCAGAAGCUCCUGUCCAAGUCCGCCGAGACUUUCCAGACCGGCUUCCGCACCGUGGUCUUCUUGACCCCCUUCUACAUGUGGCUCGCCAUCUUCUCCCUCCAGCCCCACAAGGAAGAGCGGUUCAUGUACCCUGCCUACCCCUUCCUUGCCCUCAAUGCUGCGCUUGCUAUCCACACUCUGCUCGCGGCCUUUGGCAAUGCCGAUCCCAAGAGCCUGGUUGGUAAAAUUCCCGCCAAGCUGAAGCUCGGCGUGGUAGCCCUUGGCCUGCUCUUCUCCAUGGCCAUUGGCCUCGCUCGUAUCUACGGUCUCUACACAGCCUACUCUGCACCUCUCUCCAUCUACAAGCCCCUCUUCGAGGUAGGCGGCGAAGGCGACACCGUCUGCUUCGGCAAGGACUGGUACCGCUUCCCCAGCUCUUACUUCCUCCCCCGCGACAUGCACGCCAAGUUCAUCCGCUCCGAGUUCCGCGGUCUUCUGCCCGGUGAGUUCUCAGAGGCCGGCACCGGCUUUGGUCUCUUCAGCGGCACCUGGCUGCCCACCAGCGGCUUGAACGACCGCAAUGAGGAAGAUCCGGGUAAGUAUGUUGACCCCAGGACUUGCGUGUUUCUCGUCGACACGCAGUUCCCCGAGCAGCAGAAGGGUCUGGAUUGGAAGGCGCCGCCCAACGAACCCGAUUUUGCUGCGGACACGGAACACUGGGAAAUCGUCAAGUGCGAGAAGUUUAUGGAUCCGGCGAGCACCAGCUUUCUGGCGAGGGCCUUGUGGCUGCCUGAUUGGGAGAUCAUCCCGGAGAAGUUCAGGAGGAAGUGGGGACGUCAUUGUUUGUUGAAGCGGAAGCAGUGAGUCGUCUGGGGCCCUUAGAUGGCAGUGAAGAGGAUGUUGGUGUAUAGGUAGUUCAAUAUCCACACUGUAGAGAAAAAUGCGUACAGUACAUACAUGAAGAAGUGUGUACCG